AUGGGACAAGCACAGGACAAGUUUGUGGACGAGCAAAAUGAAGACGGUUCACAAGAUUCUCCUACAGUGGAAGACUCCGUGAUUACUGAAGCAACUUUUACCGUGGUUGCGUCGGAAUCUCAAGUUCACCAUGAUAUUAGUUUCUCACCGCCUUCUAUACAAAACACACAACUAAAAAGAACUAGUCCAAAUUCUGUGUUCGGUGAUAUAGAGCCCAAUGGCAUUCGAAGUGAAAAAGGAAAGUUUUUCCCUUCAGAUGUCAAUGGUCACAUUGAUUUGGCAGAGAAUGAUGAUAAUUUUACUAUUCACCUAACCAGCUCCACAAUAGAUUUUUCAAAUAAUUCACUCGCGAGUUCACUUGCGAAUUUAACAAUUCGGGAUUCAUCAUCAUUGGAUAGCAUGACAACAGCGUCUGUUGUGCAAGCGACAACAGUGAAGAACGCACAUAACAGCUUAUCUAGAACCAUUGAUGAAAAUUAUAAUCCGGCUGUAGAGGAAACAUCCGGUUCAAUUAAAAUAGCAGGCACAGCAGAAUCAACACGUAAAAGGACACCUAAAGACAUAAAAUCAACAUUGGCUGACGAAGCCGAGUAUACGAUACCACCAGCCAUUGCAGAGGAUGUUUUGCGAGAGAUGUUGGCAAAUAAGCCUAGUCAGGAUUUACUUGAAGAGUUGGAGCCACCAGCCGUGGUCACAAAUGGAAAAGGAGAAAAUUCUUCAUCAAAAUUUAAAGGCGAUUCGGUAAACCAUGAGAAAAAUGGUGAGUCCUCUGAACCGAGCAAAAGUAGUAACAAAAAGAACAAUUUGUUAAUCUUGUCUGGCAUGAUAGAUUCCCCUUUUCCAUCCAAAUUUACAUUUCCCAAUAUUGCGGAUAAAAAUUUCUUUCUACCGAAUUUUUCAAAUUCACCUGCUACCUCAUCGCUACCUUCAUUUUCCUUUGGAAAUCCAUCUGAAUUAUCGUUACAAAAUCCCUUUCAAAAUCCUCCCAUUUCUUCCAAUGCGCCCGCAAACAUAUCACAUCAAAAAGAACAACGGCGCGUAACACUUCAAUGGCAUCCACCAGUUCUACCGGUUCUUGACAAGUUUUCACCUCAACUUUCGUCAAAAACACCAUCCAUAUCGAUGCCAUCUAGUUCUAUAUGGCCUCCGUCGAUAAAUACCACAUCUCCAACCGAUACACACUUUUCAAAUUCUAACUUAUUGUUUCCACAGUUUACUGGAUCUUUUAAAUUUGACAUGAAUUCCAAGAAUGCAAUUUCUGGACCUCAAUCAUCUAGUAUGCCGCCACCAUUAGUCCAUCCUUCAACGCCACCAUUAAGUCCAUCGACAAAAAAAUCAACUGUAUCACCACCUGCGUCGUCAUCGAGGAAAGGAUUUCAUUCCAACGAACGUAAUGGUAGAACUACGACAUUGUAUGUGUCAGCAAAGCCACAGACCAAGAGUGUCGAUAGUAAUAAUAACGUAAACGGAAAUAUUCAAACAUCUUUGCUGGUUUCGUCGACACCUAAAAAAUUGCCAAUGAAGUUUGGUGACAUUAGUAACACUCUAACAUCAACAUCAUCAACGACAAAAGGAAUAACGAAUAGCAUUAAUAGUAAUAAUACUGCAAAUCCGUCCACAACAUUACAGACAUCACCACCAAGAGGAUUUGCUCACAAUGCGACGAAUACAUUUCCUUUUUUCAGGCCAAUUCGAAAAUUACCAUCACGGGCUAAAUCUCGUCUGUCACCCAAUGGAGUUCUCACGGAUGAUAAUAACAAUAGCAAUAAUAAUAUUAGCAAAAUUGAUACUAUCAGUAAUGUUGUGUUCAAUGGAAGGAAUGAGAUUAUAGUUACAGCGCCAACACAGCCUUUGCCCGUUAUACCGCCGUCUCCCUUAUUCUCAUUUGCAACUCCAACAAAUUCAGAAGAAGAAGAUUUUGACGCUGAGGAAGAAGAUGGUAGUAACGAUAACGGGCAUACUGACUGGUUGGAUAAUGCUAAUAAUAAAAAGAAAAGAAAGGCCUUGCAAACCGUGGGAGGUGGUUCAGUGAUGAAUAGUAGUGUUGGUGGUGUCAUGAAGACUUCAACAGCGAAAGAACGAGCAAAUCCACUUAGAAGA